GCACACUGGACUUAAAAGACUAUUCAGUCUACCUCAUUGUGACUAAAAAGUAAGAGAGGAAAAUUCUUAAAUUCUUUGAGGGUAGUGAGUGCUUUCCAGUUACAGAUCUUGAGUCGUGCAGCAGCCAGGAGGGUGUGAUCCCAAAAGCAGACGAGUGGGAGGGAAGGAUCCCAGGCUUUCUCACCAGAGUGACUCCACCAAGGCAACAAGAGAGAACACAAAGGAUCUAAGAGUCCUCUUAUCCACUCUUUAUAUGAGCACUAUAUGGACUAUCUUCAGUCUCAUCCGUUGAAGCUUGUCAAGACAACACAGCCUCCAGUUAACUUCCCUUCUGACUACAAAUCUGGAGGACAGCUAAAGUGUCAUGUUUCAGGUCAUCAGUGAGUGGUUGUGGUGGGAGCGUUUGUGGCUGCCCGAAAAUGUCUCCUGGUCAGACCUAGAGAACAGUGAGGAUCGUGUCUACGCUAAGGCCUCUCAUCUUUACGCCACCCUGCCCUGUGCCCUAUGUCUGCUCCUUGUCAGAUACACCUUUGAAAGGUACUUUGCCACACCGCUAGCUAAUGCUUGGGAGAUCAAGGAUAAGGUACGCCUUACUGCUGAGCAAAACUCCAUCCUGGAAAAGUAUUUCUGCAGUCAGGCACGAAAUCCCUCACAGUUUGAUGUGACGUCUCUGAGCAAGAAGACCGGCUGGUCAGAGAGGAAAGUUGAAAUCUGGUUCAGAAGAAGGAGGAACCAGGAUCGGCCAGGGCUUCGGAAAAGGUUCUGCGAGGCCAGCUGGAGAUGUGGUUUUUAUCUAUUUGCAUUUUGUGGAGGCAUCGUGGCCCUUUAUGAUAAACCUUGGCUUUAUAAUCUCAAAGAAGUUUGGGCAGAAUUUCCUAAACAGUCCAUGCUGCCAUCACAAUACUGGUAUUACCAUUUGGAAAUGGGAUUCUACCUGUCGCUGCUCCUCAGCCUCACCUUUGAUGUGAAACGGAAAGACUUCAAAGAGCAGGUGAUUCAUCACAUCGCUACAAUGACUCUGCUGAGUUUCUCCUGGGUUUCAAACUACAUCCGCAUUGGAACCCUUGUGAUGGUAGUUCAUGACUCCUCUGACAUUCUGCUUGAGGGUGCGAAGGUGUUUAACUACGCUAAACGGUAUCAAAUUUCUAAUGCCAUGUUUGUGGCAUUUACAGCUCUUUUUAUGGUGACGAGGCUUGUCAUCUUUCCUUUCUGGCUGAUUCAUUGCACAUGGGUGUACCCGCUGGAAAGGUUUAAGCCCUUCUUCGGUUAUUAUUUCUUCAACUUCAUGCUGAUGGUCCUACAGAUCCUCCACAUCUACUGGGCUUUUCUAAUAUCACGAAUGGUUUACAAAUUCAUCUUUAGCGAGCAUCUGGAGGGUGACGUUAGGAGCGAUGAAGAGGAGGAGGACAGUGACUCACCGAAGGAAAGAAACCACAAACUGAGUCAUAUGAAUGGCUCAGGUGCCAGAGGUCGAGCUAAUGGCCACUGACACACAAAGACAGUAGUCGAAGAAAAAAAGGAUGGACAGCAAAAACAAGGACAUUUCCUGCACUGGAGUACUGCUCCUAGAAUCUAAUUAUACAAAAAUAACUCAUAAAUGUUAGGCAACUUUUAAUUAAUAUGAAUGAUUUUUAAGAUGAUUGUAUUCAAACCAUGAAUAAAUUAUAAUACAGUGGGUU